CUUUAUAAUCUGCUCCAGAGUUUUCCAGGGAUUGAUGUUAGGCUGACUGGUCUGUAGUUCCCUGGUUCCUCCUUUUUGAAGAUAGGGACAACUUUAGCUCUUCUCCAGUCAUCUGGCACUUCACUAGUCCUCCAUGAUUUCAGAAAGAUAAUAGACAGCGGUUCUGAGAGUUCUUCAGCCAGUUCCUUCAAUACUCUAGGAUGCAGUUUAUCAGGCCCUGCCAAUUUGAACUCUUUCAAAAUGAUUAGGCAUUCCUUGCAUGUAUGUCUAUCAAUCUCAAGCUCUAAUCCUGCCCCUUCCAUUUCAUGUUUCCCGGGAGGGUCAUAGACUCUUUUUUGGGAGAAGACUGAGCCAAAGUAGGAAUUGAGCACUUCUGCCUUUUCUUUGUUGUCUGUUAUCAUUUUGCUAUCCUCAUUGAGUAGCUGUGCCACCAUUUCUUUUCUUUGUCUUUUACUAUAGACAUACCUAAAGAAAGUUUUUUUGUUGCAUUUAGCGUCUCUCGCUAACCUCAGCUCAUUCUCAGCUUUAGCCUUCCUGACGCCAUCCCUGCAAUUCUGUGAUACCUGCCUAUACCUGCGGCCAGAGUCCUUACUCGGACUAAAAGAUCUGAUCAUAUAACACCUGUCCUGGCCCAACUGCACUGGCUACCAAUACGUUUCCGGGCCACAUUCAAAGUGUUGGUUCUUACCUAUAAAGCCCUUAACGGCACCGGACCGCAAUACCUGAUGGAGCGCCUUUCCCACUACGAACCUACCCGUUCGCUGCGCUCGACGUCGAAGGCCCUUCUCCAGGUUCUAACUCACAAGGAGGCCCGGAGAGCAACAAUGAGAUCUAGGGCCUUCUCGGUGGUGGCCCCCGAAUUAUGGAAUACCCUCCCUGACGAGAUACGCCUGGCGCCUUCUUUGAUAUCUUUUCGGCGCCAGGAGCAGCAGCUAAGCUGGACAGAUGACUUGCCCCUUUGUCAGCUCUCUGGUGUGGGUUCUGCCCCUAACCGUUCCUACACUGCAGAUGGAAAAGGAACAGAAAUUCACCCCUUAGAGGAUAACUGGUUGAAAUUCAGGAGUGAGAACAAUUGUUACCUCUAUGGAGUCUUCAACGGUUAUGAUGGCAACCGGAUCACCAACUUUGUGGGGGAGAGGCUCUCUGCAGAACUCCUGUUGGGCCAGCUGAAUGCAGAUCAUGAUGAUGGUGAUGUGCGCAAAGUUUUACUGCAGGCUUUUGAUGUGGUGGAAAGGAGUUUUUUGGAGUCCAUUGAUGAUGCACUGGCAGAGAAAGCCAGUCUCCAGUCACAGCUGCCAGAGGGGGUCCCCCAUCACCAGCUGCCUCCUCAGUACCAGAAAAUUGUGGAACGGCUGAAGGCUGUAGAAAAGGAGAUCUCUGGAGGGGCCAUGGCUAUUGUGGCAGUCAUUCUUAACAACAAGCUCUACAUCGCCAAUGUAGGAACAAACCGUGCACUCUUGUGCAAAUCCACAGUAGAUGGGUUGCAAGUGACGCAACUCAACAUGGAUCACACCACGGAGAACGAAGAUGAGCUGUUCCGCUUCUCCCAGCUGGGUUUGGAUGCAGCAAAAAUAAAACAAGUAGGAACCAUAUGUGGGCAGGAGAGUACCCGGCGCAUUGGGGAUUAUAAAGUCAAAUAUGGCUACAGUGAUAUUGAACUGCUGAGCACUGCAAAAUCUAAGCCAAUCAUAGCGGAGCCCGAAAUCCACAGAGGGCACCCGCUAGAUGGAGUCACAGGCUUUCUUGUUCUGAUGUCAGAAGGGCUCUACAAAGCUCUGGAAGCAGCUCAUGGGCCCGGGCAAGCCAAUCAGGUCUGCCACAAAGAAAUGCUGGGUUCUCCUUUCCUCCACUUCCAGUUGCAUCACAGGGAAAGGAAAGGGCAAGAAAAGGAGAUUGCAGCCAUGAUUGCCACUGAGUUUGCCAAACAAGCCUCACUGGAUUCUGUGGCUCAAGCAGUGGUAGAUAGAGUGAAGCGCAUUCACUGUGACACGUACGCCAGUGGUGGUGAACGGUCCAAAUUCUGUGCUCGGCAUGAAGACAUGACACUGCUGGUGAGGAAUUUCUUGUACCCACUGGGUGAAAUGAGCCAGCCCACACUGACUCCAGCACAAGGAGGCCGGGUUUAUCCUGUAUCGGUACCAUACUCCAGUGCCCAGAGUACAAGCAAGACCAGCGUAACGUUAUCCCUUGUCAUGCCUUCCCAAGGUCAGAUGGUCAAUGGCGCCCACAGUAGCUCCACGCUGGAUGAAGCCACUCCCACCCUCACCAACCAAAGCCCCACCGUGACCCUCCAGUCGACCAACACUCAUACCCAGAGUAGUAGCUCAAGCUCAGACGGGGGCCUCUUCCGUUCUCGCCCUUCUCAUUCUCUCCAGCCGGAUGAAGAUGGGCGUGUUGAGCCUUAUGUGGACUUUGCAGAAUUCUACCGCCUCUGGAACAUGGACCACAGUGAGCAGGGGGCACUUGCCGUGUAAUAAAUGCACCAAGAUCAACCUCUGUGAACUCCUGUCAGGUGGGAGAAAAUGGAGCCUGGUGAGGCAGGAACAGUUCAUUGUCUAGCUGGUCACCUUCUGCCGUAAAGAGAUGAGGUUAAUGUUGCGACUGGUCACUGAUAACAGUUUUUCUCAUCAACUUGUCAGGGCAUGUUAUGCUUACCUUUUCUGAUGGUCCCUUCCACUGUGAAACCUUGCGGGCAUGAGAGAGUUGUGAGCCUUCCUGCACUUCCAGUAUUAUAGACAGUUGGCUCUGUUGUGGAGAAGACAACACAAAUGUCUGUCAAGGGAUGUACAUUAUGUGUAUAUAUGCAGCGGUUUGAGAUUCAGGUGUGCAAAUGAUGCAUCAUGAUACUGAUGCAUUAAGUUCAUGAAAUAUACCUCUGUUCUGCAGAAUAAAUGUUAACUUAUAGGGA